AUGCACUACGCUUUUGCUCUCGCCGCUCUUGCGGCCACUGCCUACGCUACCGACUCCCCCAGCGAGAAGGAGAUGGCCACUUGGGGUCACGCCAAGGUCGUCAACCGAUGCCCUUACGAUGUCUACCUUUGGUCCAUCGACAAGGAGUUGGGCUGCAACCCCGAGGAUGGCAAGAAGCUGUCCAAAGGCCAAUCCUACAGCGAGAGGUUCAGGCCUGGAAAGAAUGCAGGUGGAAUUUCCAUCAAAAUCUCAAAGUUCAACCAGUGUGGAGGAAAAGAUCAGACCCAGCUCGAGUACAGGAUUGAUCCUUCCGAGGAGUAUGGAGGCAACUACCUCGACAUGUCUUUCGUCGACUGCCUGGGUGGUAACUGCCCUGGCUGGAAGGACGGUUUCUACAUGGCUUCUGGCAAGACGGGUGCCCCAAACACCAUCAAGGCCGCCACUGUGAACAACGAGCACUGCCCCGAGUUCAUGGUUAACAACCCGAUCGAGGCUGCAAAGGUAUCAUACGUCUUGCCCGACGACCGCCAGACCAAAUUCUGCCCCAAGGAGUCCAACCUGGAUCUCUACCUCUGUGGCAGCGAGAAGCCUGGCGCCAGCGACGACAGCGCUCCUUCCGCCGUUCCUUCCUCCUCCACCAAGGCGCCCGCUCCCAGCCAGGCCAAGCCCAGCACUUUCUCCAUUCUUCCCUCGAAGCCCGUUUCCUCUUCGCAAGUUGCUGUUCCCUCGCUGCCUGCCAACGACGACUUCAAGGUCAAUGCUGCCGCUGUUACCGAUGCUCCCAAGGCUCCCGCCCCCGGAGCUCCCGUUGCUGUUACUACUGUCAUCACCUAUGUUACUGUCGAUGCCCCCGCACGCAAGAGGCACGCUCACGGCCGCCGCCACAACCGCGCAUAG